AAUGUCCUUUCCUGGCGGGGCAGAGCAGGGCACCCACAGUGCAGAGGCAGGAGCUUCUGAGCUGCUACUCCUGGUUUUGAUGCCACCAGUUAGGCAACUGCUCUCUAAAAUGGGACUCUGGGGACUUCUACCAUUCGUGGUACCAUCCAUCCUCUUGAGAGGUGUCCAAGACCCUGGGCUGGUUGAGGGAUUCUUCUUCAGGCCGUGCCCCCAUGUCAGAGUAAAGUGCGAACUGGAAGAACUGAACCAAUGUACGAGGAGCAGCCAGUGCCCGGGUAGAAUGAGGUGCUGCUGGUUCAGCUGUGGAAAGAAAUGUCUAGAUGUCAGAGAAGAUGCAUGCAAUAUGCCAAAGAAAAUUGGCCCUUGCUUGGCCUACCUUCCGCGCUGGUGGUAUGAUAAAGAAACUGAGCUCUGCACCAAAUUCAUCUACAGUGGUUGCCAAGGGAACCUCAACAACUUCCAAUCUAAAGCUGUCUGCACUGUCACCUGCAAAAGAAAACAAUCGACUUCCUGGAUAGGAUAAAGCAGAGAUGGAACAGACUAUGGGAUUGGCUCAGAUUCCAGAAUUCUCCUCAUGUAUGCUACAACUGAGG